AUGAACCAAAAUCUAUUUGCCUCUUUCACAACCCCAGUAGUACUGGGAAUUCCUAUUAUUACCCUGAUCAUUAUAUUCCCCAUCAUCCUAUUUCCAACAUCAACCCGACUAAUUAACAACCGCAUAAUCUCCAUUCAACAAUGACUAACUAAACUCACAUCAAAACAAUUAAUAGGCAUACAUAACUCCAAGGGACAAACAUGAUCACUAAUGAUCACCUCACUUAUCUUAUUUAUCGCCUCCACCAAUCUCCUUGGAAUGCUGCCUCACUCAUUCACACCCACCACACAACUCUCAAUAAACUUAGGAAUAGCUAUCCCCCUAUGAGCCGGCACUGUAAUCAUGGGCUUUCGCAACAAAACAAAGGCAUCCUUAGCCCACUUCCUACCACAAGGCACACCCACCUUUCUCAUCCCCAUACUAGUAAUUAUCGAAACCAUCAGCUUGCUCAUUCAACCAAUAGCCCUGGCCGUACGGCUAACUGCCAACAUUACAGCAGGUCACUUACUAAUGCACCUAAUCGGCAUGGCAACCCUUGCACUGACCAAUAUAAGCCUGCUUACUGCCCUCAUCACAUUCGUAAUUCUCACCCUCCUAACUAUUCUCGAGUUUGCUGUAGCCCUAAUUCAGGCCUAUGUAUUUACCCUUUUAGUAAGCCUAUACCUACACGACAACACAUAA